UUUCUGGCUGUUCCUCCUAGAAGCACCUGGCAGUAGGCGUGAGGUGAUCUAGCCUGGCUCCCACCGUAGCCUGGCUCCCUGGCAUCUGAUGAUGAGUUUGACCCCCUCCAGGGGAUGCCUCCUGGACCUGCCCUGGGAAGACAUCUUGGUUCCACAUAUCCUCUGUCAUCUGCCACUGCAGCAGCUCCUGAGCCUGCAGAGGGUCAGCAAGUCAUUCCAGUCUCUCAUCCAGCUGUACCUGGCUAACAUGCGCUGCUUUGACUCAAGCCAGAUUGGACCUGCCAUCCCUAGAGCUGCUUUUGUUAACCUGCUGAAGGACAACGAAGUACUGCAGCAGCUGGCGCUCCAGAACUGCUCCGACUGGCUGACAGACAGGGAGCUGCUCCCGGUCAUCGGGCAGAAUCACCAUCUGCACCAGAUCCAGCUGAAGGGCUGUGCCCAGCUCAGCCGCCAUGCGCUGGUGGCCAUCUCGCUGAGCUGUCCCAACCUGCGCCGGCUCUCCCUGGCUCACUGUGAGUGGGUAGACAGCCUGUCCCUGCGCAGCCUGGCUGACCACUGCAAGGCGCUGGAGGCUGUGGACCUGACGGCCUGUCGCCAGCUGAAGGAUGAGGCAAUCUGCUACCUGGUGCAGAAGUGCAGCAGGCUCAAGUCCCUGUCGCUGGCUGUCAAUGCCAAUGUGGGUGAUGUGGCAGUUGAGGAGAUUGCCAAAUGCUGCCCUGAGCUGGAGCAUCUGGACCUCACGGGGUGUCUGCGAGUCAAGAAUGACUCCAUCAGGGUCCUGGCUGAGUACUGUCCCAAGCUGCGCUCGCUGAAGGUGAAGCAUUGCCACAAUGUGGCUGAGUCCAGCCUGAGCAUCCUUCGAAGCCGUGGGGUGGAGCUGGAUGUGGAGCCUCCGCUGCAGAGGGCUCUCGUUCUCCUGCAGGAUGUGGUUGGCUUUGCCCCUUUCAUCAACCUACAGAUCUAGAACUGCUGCUGCUGGGGAGGGGGGACUGAUGCGACAUUGGGAUCCCAGGAGGAUGCCGGAACCGGCUGCUGCGGAGA